UGGUCCCGCGAGUUUCAGUCUUUAAAGCCAGCAGCAGGCGAACUAACUGUACUUUCACACCCACUCUCUCUGCUCACUCCGCCCAGGAACCGUCCGUUUAUAGAAGGAAGCGCCGAGACAUCAGAGAGAAGGCUCGCUCGUGUGCCAGCUGAUCAGAAGUGAAGAUGGCUGAGGGAAAAGGUGGCAACAUCGGGGGCAACAUUGGCGCGGGAGCUGGCAUCCUGGCCAAGCGCUUUCAGAAAUCAAUGAACCGAGCACAAGAGAAGGUCCUGCAGAAGCUGGGCAAAACAAUGGAGACAAAAGACGAGCAGUUUGAAGAGUGCUCUGCCAACUUGAACAAACAGCAGGCUGAUGGCAUCCGGCUCUAUAAGGAUGUUAAAUCAUACUACAAUGCUGUUAAAGUGAUGCAUGAAUCAUCCAAACGCCUGUCCCAGACUCUUAAAGAUAUCUACGAACCAGAUUGGCAUGGUGUAGAAGACCUGACUGUUAUAAUGGAGAGUGAGGAUCUCCUCUGGAAUGACUAUGAGGAAAAGCUGAACGAUCAAGUUGUUCGGACAAUGGAGAAUUAUACCGGACAGUUCCAAGAUGUCAAAGAAAGAGUAGCUAAACGAGGAAGGAAACUGGUUGACUAUGAUUCAGCUCGACAUCAUCUUGAGGCACUGCAGAACUCCAAAAAGAGAGAUGAGGCCAAAAUAUCAAAGGCUGAGGAGGAGUUCAAUAAAGCACAGGAGGUAUUUGAAGACAUUAACAAGGAGUUAAGAGAGGAGCUGCCUGUUCUUUAUCAAAGUCGUAUAAGCUGCUAUGUCACCAUGUUUCAGAACAUUUCAAACCUACGUGAUGUCUUCUACAAGGAAAUGAGUAUGUUGAAUCACAACAUUUAUAACAUGAUGAAGAAACUUGAAGAUCAGCACUCCACCAAACCCUUCAUCGUCAAAGGCCUUAAUAGUUCAAAGUCAAAGAAGAGAAAGUCUGUUACGAUCUCUGCCCCCAUCCCCUGCAACACCGCCUUCCCUCCCGAUCAUCCGGCCAUGAGCAAGCUCAGCAUGCCCAGCACCCUCACACACACAGACACUCUCUCAAAGAGCACAGGGAGCACAGCAUCAGAAAUAUCAGACUCCGACUCCUUUGACAGUGAACCCAACACACCCAAGCGGCAGUCUUUGUGUUCGGAGGGUGAAGGGGUUCGGUCUGAGGAAGCCACUGAAAACGCAUCAGAAACCAGCAAUGAUCAGUCUGUGCAAGCCAACGGCCAGGAACAUCAAGAUUCAGUGUCUGCUGCUGAGCACAGAGAAGAAGAGGAGGAUAAACCGGCAGCAGCAUCAGAAGAAACCCAUCGCGCCACGAAAGAUGGAGACAACGAGGAUAAGCCCUUAUCAGACGCCCGAGACAAAACUGCACCAGUCCCAACUCCUCGAAGAUCCAGCACCUCGAAGAAAGAUGAAGAAGAGACUAAUCAAAAUACAUCGGGAAGCACUGAAGAUUUGAAAGUCCAAAAGACAGAGUAUGAAAAUCCUCCCCGCUUCCUCUAUAAGGCUGUUGCUCUGCAGAAUCAAGACUCAGAUGAAGGUGUGCUUCUACAGUUUGGAAAGGGAGAUGUCAUCCUUGUAUACGUCGACGAAGAAGAAGAAAAGCCGGAGGGCACUGUGUGGGGCGUGAGAGAGCAGGACUGGAUCCAGUACAAGGAUCUAACGCUUCUCUCUGGCAUUGUCGAAGAGGCCAUGAUCCAGCGCAUCACCUCUGAUUAAGACAUGUCACGAAGUGGAGGAUGCAAGAAAGUAUGUGAACCAGAGGUCCCUUAAGUGCCCAUCUGAGGCCCUCGUGACUGGAUGUUGUAAUAUGAACUCUGUCUGCCCUUUCCUCUAGACAUGAAAGACACCUUUUCAUAGUGUCUUUACAGUCUGUCUGUUUUCAGAGUGUUUUAGAAAUCUUAAUAUUGAUCACUUGAUUUAUAUAUUAUUGAUAGUUUUGUAGUUGUAUCUUCACUGUUCAUUUGCAUGAACGUACCCACGUAUUGUGUAUCAGUAAAAUAUUAGUAUUAUUAUGCAAAAAAUAUUUCGAAAACAUUUUCUAAGCGAUGAGUAUUAAAACACUUUUUAUGUAGCUGUUCCAAUGGUUUCUUCUUUAUAUGUUUGUUAACCAUGUAAUGUUGUCUAUGUUGUUUCUAACAUCUCAGUGUUAAGAUUGACUACCAAGAUUUUCACAAUGUUUACAAGACCCAGAAAAGUGUAUUACUGUGAAACUGCUUUCUUAAAUGUACAGAGAACAUAGUUUUUUUUUCUACAAUAAAGUUGACUAAUAUAGCUAAAAUA